AUGGCUUCGGCAGCAGCAGCACCUGUUGCGGAUCCAAGAUGGAAGACGCUGAUCGCAAAGAGCAUAGCUGAGAACAUCAAGAACGAUGGCUCUGUGUGUUCCCCACCUACUCCUCAAGUCCGAUACGUCGUUCACCGUGGCUUUGUGAACGAGAAGAGAGCAGAUACGCCAGAGGGUGUAGAGCCGGCGCUGGAUGGGUUUGCCUGUGGAACGGCGCUUUUAACCACGACGGACGUUAGGGCUCCCAAAGCGCAACAGAUUCGGGACAGCAUAGAAAGGACGGGAAGCGCUCAGGCUCAGAUUGCUUGGUGGCACGAUCCGUCGAAGCUGCAGUUUCGAAUCACGGGCACUUUGCACCUCGUGCCCCAUGCCAAUCAUCCAACACUCCGGCCUUUGCCCUCCGAAGCCGCCCCGCCGAAGAUCUCCGGUCAAUCAUGGGAUUGGCAACAAGAGCGCAAGAGAAUCUUUGAAAAGCUCAGCCCUUCCUUGUUGGCUUCCUUUGCCAGACCUACACCCGGCUCCGAUCAUCCUCAGGGCAAUUCUCGCGGCGACGGACCAGGCGAAGGAGAAGGCAAAGGAGAUGCGAGCCCUUGGCCUUUGGAACUACCAAAGCCUACGGACGAAGGAAUCACCGACGAACAAGAGAAGCUGCUAGAGAAGAGCAAUGAGAACUUCGCUCUCGUGGUCCUGCUACCUCGCGAGGUGGACGUGGUCGACCUCAAUCGAGACAGACGGAGCGUGUUCAAGCGCAAAAGCGAAGGCACUGGCAAAGGAGCUCAUGAGGAAUGGGAGGAGACGCGCGUAGUGCCUUGA